AUGUUUGUCGCAUGGUUUCGCGACUGUCAUACAAUCCUGCUUGCGGAUCCCGGUUCGAGACGUCGUCGGAAUCGUCGUCGUCGUUGGUUAUCGAUAAAUAUGAAGCGAAUGAAAAGCGACGUGAUCAGUGCGACGAUUGAGUCUUACUUAAAACGACGUCAUUAUCAGCAGGCCAACGACGUCUAUUGCAAGGGCGAUCAGUUGUUUUGUCAGAGCAGCGAUCAAAUGACAUUAAACGCAACCGCCGAGUGCAGUACCUCGCAGGACAACUCAAUCGUUUUCAGUGCCAUCACCAUUGACGUUACCGCGGCGGAUCAAGCAUAUCAACGAUUAAAAAAAUGGAUGACUGUUAUACUCAAUGAAAAAAUAAAAGUAGAAUUACAAGGACUUUUAUAUCCAAUAUUUUGUCACCUUUAUUUAGAGAUGUUACAUGCUGGUAACAGACAAGCUGCAAUCCAAUUCUUAAAAGCACAUCAGAAUGAAUUUGUCUGUGACACGGAGAAAGAUUUCUUAGAAGAAUUAUCUAGAGUAUUUUCAGUGCAGGACAUUGAAUUGAGACCUUUGGUGAAUGCAUUCAGAACUAGAAAGUACAAAGUAGAUCUGUCUGAGUCAGCUCAUAUUUGUUUAAGACAAUAUCUUACAAAAUAUGGACAUAUAAUAUUAAUGCAGAUUAUAAAUACACAUAUUACAAUAAUCAGAAAGGCAAGUAGUCCUAAAAUGGAUGGAGAAAUACAUGAAGAGAAAAGUCAAAGAUAUGAAACAAGUAUUAAUGGUCAUGUGGAACAGCCAUCUGGUACAGGUGUUGAUCGCGAAAUGCGAGAAUUACAGGAAGCAAUACGGUUAAUACGAAAUAAUGCUCAUCAAGCAUUAAGAAUAUUUACAGUAAAGAAUGCCAUAGAAAACGCAAGUUGCGGUCUUAUUGCACCUAAAAUGGAUAAAUUAGCUGUAGGAUUUAGCACAGCUGAAAUACGUUUAUGGGGUAUAGGUGAAACGGUUUUAGUUGAACGUAAAAAUAAACAAACGCAUGUUCCAUUUGUCUGUGAUGUAUCACCGUUUUAUAAAUUUAACGAACACGAAAGCAUAAGAAGCGAAGCAGGGGCGAUAUUAUUAAGAGGACACACAGACGUAGUGCACGAUUUAAGAUUUAUUCCAGAAGCAGACAUUCUUCUUUCUGUAUCAAGUGACAAGGAUAUGAGAGCUUGGAGACUCAACGAUUAUUCAUGUACAGCAAUAUAUAGCGGUCAUAGUUAUCCAAUAUGGUGUAUGGAUACCAGUGUGUUCAAUUUAUACAUUGCCACAGGUUCACAUGAUAGAACUGCUAAAUUAUGGUCAUUGGAUAGGACGUUUCCUCUAAGAAUAUUUGCUGGUCAUUUUUUAGAUGUCAAUUGUAUAAAAUUUCAUCCAAACGCCCGAUACUUAGCGACUGGUUCUGCCGACAAAACCGUAAGAUUAUGGGCCAAAGAUGAUGGAAGUUUAGUACGAGUACAUGUCGGAGCUCAAUCGACCAUUUAUACUUUAGCUUUUAGUCCCGACGGGAAAUAUCUAGCUGCUGCGGGUGACGAUAAAUGUAUAUCUAUAUGGGAUUUAGCAUCUAAUGCAUUACUCACUGAAUUGAAAGGCCAUGAAGAUACAAUCAUGAAUGUAGAUUGGAGUUUAGAUGGCCAAUAUAUUGCCAGUGCAAGCAUAGAUGGAAUAAUACGAUUAUGGCCUACUCAGGAUUAUAUUAACACUUUGAAUGGAGGAUCGUCAACCGCAAUGUCUCAAUCGGAAGCGCAAAUAUUUUCAACAUCUUGCUCAAGCAUUCUCUCAUUGAAUUAUUAUAAAAAGAAUAAUUCGUUGAUUUGUAUUGGCACAGCAUGAGAUUUUUAUUAUUUAUUACUAUUUUAA